GCCCGGCGGAGGGAGACGGACAGACAGGGGACGCGCCGGGAUGCUGUGGUGCGGCCUUGUCCGGGCCUGUGAGGCCGCGGAGGGAGACGGGCAGGGCGCGCGUUGAGGUGCUGCGGUCGGUCCUGUGAAGGUCCGGCGGAGGGGGACGGACAAGGGUCGCGCUGAGGAACUAAAGAGGCCGCAGAGGAAAAAAAGUAUGUUUAACAGGAUCCAUCAAGAGGACUCACAAACCUCCCAUGACCAGCCGAAGGACCCAAGAGGUGUGGCCGAAAAUUCUUAGUCCCGCAGUUUUGUGCCAAGCAGAGUUCCUGAGCUCCAGUAAAGGGAAACAUGGAUCGGCAGGGCUCCGACCAAGAUUCUGUUACGCUGGAAGACUAUUCUCCUGUCUGUGUAGGGCAGGAAGCCGACCUUAAAAAAUUGGAAAGAAAAACAGCCAUGGUCCAUAACAGAGAAGUUGUUGUUUUCUACCACAAAGGAGAAUUUCAUGCCAUGGAUAACCGCUGUUACCAUGCUGGGGGACCUCUCCAUUUAGGAGAAAUAGAGGACUUCAAUGGACAGUCAUGUAUUGUUUGCCCGUGGCAUAAAUAUAAAAUUACUCUGGCAACAGGAGAAGGAUUAUAUCAAUCAAUAGAUCCCAAGAAUCCAGCAGCAGUUCCAGAAUGGUGCUCCAAAGGAGUGAAGCAAAGGAUUCAUGUUGUGACCGUAAAGAACGGAAAUGUUUACGUGACUCUUUCAGAUACAAGUAUUGCGUAUGACUCGGAUUAUUAUGCUUCUGAAAAAUAUAAACAACUGCUAAUUUCUAAAAUGCUUAAACAAGGAAGUGCCUAAUCUCAAAUUUGGCAAUAACAAACAAGUAUUUCUAUAGAUGUGGAACAUUUCUAUACACAAGGCACUGGAAAAAACAAUCAAUCAGUCUGGCAUUACCUUUUUUUAACAAUGGAAAGUAUAGUUCUGAAAUGAAUAAACAUGAACCUGAUGUAGAAUCUGAA